GCCGAUCUCCCAAUUACGACAUGCGAACCAACCCACAAAGGGUCAAGAUUUCUCCUUCUAUUGCGCAUGCAUAAAUUGGACCGCAGUGUGCCUUGCAAAUCCAGUGCGCUUGGGUACUCCACCUUGCGCAAAGGAUCUGCAUUCAGCUCUCUCAAAACCUCCGGCUAUAUAUACACAUAGAGAGCUGAAUCGAUCCUAAAAUCGGUCCUGCUGGCUCUGCAAAACCUUGAACUCCCGUAUUAGCAAGAAACAUUACCUACCACCCCAACAUUGCCUAGUCCGCCUUCAGAACUCUAGCAGACAGCACUGCGAGGAAUUCGAAUCUAUUUCACUAUAUCUCGAACUAUGGCCAUGAAUCAAUAUGAGCGAAUGUAUCGUGGUUACACUCCUGCUCCAUGGUACUCUGGCUACGACCAGUCGUGGGUUCUGGGCAGAGACGAAGCUCCCAGGAGGGACAGGGACGAGUCCAGACAAGUUCCGGCAUCUUCGAGCGCUCUCAGAAGGGAAGACUACAAGCAACAAGGCCAGAGAAGGGAAGAGUACAAACAAAGCGCAUCGCCAUAUGCUCCGAGAAGGGAGGAUUACAGGGACGAGACCAGGAGAGGGGUCGUGGAGUUGAGGAUGCCGCUGUGCUGUGAAGGCUGCGUGGAGAAAGUUCAUAAGAAGUUCACCGACAUGGACGGCGUGGCGUCUGUCGAGUGCAAUACUGAGAAGCAGAAGGUGACUAUCAGAGGCACUGCGAAGCCCGAGGCCGUGUUGAGAAAGGCCAAGAAGAUUUUGAGCCGCUCCGAGUUCUGGAAAGGCAAGAGUGUAAGAGAAUUCUAAGUCGGCCUCAGACUCUGAGCAAUUCGUCCGAGCUCGUUGCAAGUGGUGCCUUGAGACCUCUAUCGGGAGCAGUUCUAAGGAUGACAGCACGGCUCAUACGCUAGUAUUGAGACAUUAUGCUAUGACUCUUUCCAAACGUAAAGCUGGAUUUUGGAUCCUGCACUAGCAAUAAAGUGGAAGUCAACCGCAGCGCGGCACCGCUGAUAAUGACCACACCUACCGUAAUGCUCUGGGAAAUUAGACGAUGAAGAGGAUACAUAAGCCACGGGUAUACCUAUAGCCACCCGUGAGCUUUUCCCACUGUACAUUCUUAUAAGCUGUACAGCAGUGUCAUUGCUAGUUAGCAUAAUGUUACAUGUAUCCGGAGGCUGAAACCUGUGAAGCCUUGUAUUACCGCUCAGCUUAAUUUGCCUUUCAAAAUGCCAAUGCAUCGCAAGAUCAACAUUUUU